UUCCUCCUUCUUCUUCUAAAAACAACUACCGCUCCGCUCUCAGGAAGUCCUGUAUGAAUAUUAAUAUGGAUGCAAACACGGCGCGAGGAUGCCCAGCGCGUGAACCAACACAGCGCGCGGAUAUCUGCGCAUUUUUGUGUUGACGUUUUUUUUGUUUUUUUCUUCUUCCCCCUCUCUCUUCAUGCCUGAACCGAGAGCGUGUUUCUUUUGCGGAGGUCGUGUAGGAGGCUUUUUUGAAGCCCACGAGGAUGUCGUUUCACCUGAGUGUUUGCAGAGGACCGUUUUGUAACGUCGCAUUGAAUUGCAUCAUGGUUUUCAAUCAGUUCUCACACCGGCCAGGCUACACCGAGCCUCGGUAGUAACAGUGCGCUGUUUAUCAUAAAAAUGGAAGACCUUUCACGUCAAGAAAAGGCGUCAUUCCGGUGAUAUGCGUCUGAAUAACUGAUUUUUCAUUUCCACGUCAAUUGACACAUCUGGGAAAGCGUUUUUUUCCUUCCCUCCCGUCUACCAAGACAGCUGUGUCAUCAACAACCGGCGUGGUGUUGUUGUUGUCUGAUUUUUACGAGCCUGGGCAACUGGAUAUCGGCAUAGUCUGCCUCUGCGCCAGCCAUAGGCUACCCGGUUACUAAGGUGAAUUGGAGGAGGCUGCCUGUGACAUACGUCCCCUUCUCCCGAGUCCGCUUCUAUACCAUGCACUCUGGCUCUGCCCAGGAUGUGGCAGUCGAGCAUUUCCUGCGUGACAUAGAGAGGCGAAGCAAGCGGCUACACUGCGCUGUGAUAGGCUGCGAGGAGGAGCGACCCCGCAGCGACAUGAACCUGCUGUAUCGUAAGAGCCGUUUGGACUGGAGGCAGAGGGACCAGGAGGGAAGUAAAAAGAGCUCCACCCAAAGCGACCCCUCAGCCACUGUUGGCAAAGUCAGAGACUUGGCUUCUUUUCGUCGGCAUUUUCGGAUGGGUUUCAUGACCAUGCCGGCGUCCCAGGACCUGUCCCCUCACUCUUGUGCCUCCGCCAUGGCGCCACGCUCGCAGUCCUGCCAUGCUGUUGGUGCAGGGGAUACGAGCCUGGAGAACGGAGAUUAUUCUGACACCCAAUCCCAACAUGGUGGCCGCUGCCCCCCUGCCAAACCCAAACGUCACCCCAGCACUCGCCUCAGCUCCUCAUCCGCCGACAGCAGAGGACUUCCUGAGACGCCGCCUCCUCCGUCCUCUCACUCACAGUCCAAACACUCAGAGAAGAAAAAUGCCAUGAAAAAGUCGGACUCUGGAGAGAUCGGAGGAAAGAAGGUGCCUCCUUUAAAGCCCAAGAGAAGUCCCAGCACCCAGCUUUCCUUUGACCCUCUUCCUCCACGUGUGCCUCCUUCUGCCACAUCCUUGCCUUUCCAGGCAGCAGACUCUCAGAUUCAGACAGGAGACGGGGAGGAUGAGCCAGUCUAUAUUGAGAUGGUGGGCCAAGUGUUCACCAGAGACAGCCAGACGGCCACCCCCCACCCUGUCACCCCUGUGGCCACCACGCCUGACUCUGACUCAGACCAGAGUGAGGCCAUCUAUGAGGAGAUGAAAUACCCGCUGCAAGAGGACAGAGAGUCCCAGAGACACCUCCCUCCAAAACAUGAGAAACUGAGAAACUCUAAACACUUUCAUGUCACCCCUUCCUCCUCCAGCAGCUCUUCCUCUCUGCCACGCCCCUCGUCUUCCUCCCCGUCGUACUCCAAACCCAAAGCUACUGUGUCAAUCUCCCAUUCAUCUCCCCUGCCUUCCUCCACGUCCUCCACCCCUGUCCCACAGGUCCUCUCCGCCAGUCCGCACACCCCACGAGCUCCUACUCCCUAUCUGCUGCAAGGGAGUAAAUCUGAACCCGAGUCCAACACAAAGAUCCCCGCCCCUUUCCCCAAUCUUCUACAGCACCGGCCCCCACUGCUUGCCUUCCCCCAGCCGGCAGCAGCCUCCAGCGGGGUUGGGGUGCAAAACAAGGCGUCUGCUAAAAUGGGAACUCAAACAUCCAGCGUGACAACUCAAGCCAGCAACUCCUCCUCCACUUCUUCUAAUGUUCCUGUAUCUGUGUCAGGCUCCAAGGAAUCAUCAGGAGGAAGUGCAACCCAGCAGGACAAACACAGCAGAGAGGCUCAGUUGGGCCCCGCUCCUGGACUCAGAGCCAGGAGCCACUCCACACCUCUGCCUCCCUCGUCCAAAUCCACCUCCCCUUUCUCCCAUCACCACCACCAUCCUCACCAUCGCCCAUCGCACUACCAUCACUAUCGCAAGCCAGACAGAGGUGACUCCCCUGUUCCGAACAAGAGCAGUUCUCAGACUUCCACAGUCCAGACCCAAACCUCAAGCACAGGCAGGGAAGGCAAGUCUGUUAGCUUCCUCUUGAAGUCCGAUAAAGGAGAGAGGGACAAGGAUCGGGACAGAGACAGAGACAAGGAUAGGGAAAAGGAUAGGGACAGGGACAGGGACAGGGACCGAGAUAGAGAGAGGGAUAGGGAUAGGGAUAGGGAUAGGGAUAGGGGUAGAGACAGGGACAGGGAGAGAGACAAGGAGAAAGACAAGGACAGAGAUAGGGACAGGGACAGAGAUAGGGAUAAGGACAGGGAUAAAGACAGGGACAGGGACAGGGACAGGGAUAGAGACAGGGACAGGGACAGGGACAGAGACAGAGACAGAGACAGAGACAGAGACAGGGAUCGGGAUAGGGAUGGAGGGCCGUACUCCUUACAGCUGGAUCACACUCAUUCCACUAACAGCCAAACGUCUCAAAGCAGCACCAGUUCAACCCCUACACCAUUGUCCUCAUCCCAGCGUCCCCAUUCUCGCCCCCAUCUUCGUUCUCACACUCCUCACGGCCUGCCAGCGUACAAGCCUCCUUCCUCGGACAGCCCCUUACUGUGGACUUACCCCUCCGGUGGUUUCCGGAGACCGCCAGCAUACGAGAGCCUUAGAGGAAGCUCUCAGACGCCGUCUCUACAACAGCCCUCAAGUCUCACUGGUGUAGGUGAGGGGGCAUCCAGAAGUAACGGAGGGUCUGCGUCCCUCCAGUCAAAAGUUGGCUUCAUGCCCUGGGACAGCAGUGCCAGCUUAGCUGCAGAUGAGGGAUCUUACUGGCCUAUGCAGAGGAAAUUGUCCUUCAGCCAUGGAAGCAGAGAGACAGAGAAGGAUGAAGGCCGUGCGUGGAAUGGCAGUGCUGAUGCCCUGUUAAGGAUGGAUAAGGAGGACCUCGGCAUGGGGUCUCGAGGAGGUCAUUCGGGAAUCCCAGUCCACUUCAGUGGUGCCACCAGCAGGGCCCUUGGUCACAGUGAGUCCUUGGCCGGUGUGGAUAGCAGCCCGGGUUUCAGAGCCCUGCCCAGAGUCGGUCUGCCUCUUCCCUGCCAGACUUUCCCUGCCUGUCGCAAUGGAGAAGUGGGGCGGCUGGGCCGCUCCUCCUCUGCUGCUGGAGUGAGACAGGUGGGUGGAGGAGAUGUCCAGAGACAGAGCAGCCUACCAGCACGAGAAGCCCUGAAUCAGCUGCAUGGUCUGGCCCAGUCUCAAGCGCCCUGCAGUCCCAGCAGUCCCAGUGUGUCUCGGCAACAGCAGCAGCUUCAGCUCCACCAGCAGCAGUUACAGUUAAAGCAGCAGCUCCAGCAGCUUCAGCAACAGCACCACCUGCAGUUGCAGUUCCAGCAGCUCGCCCAGCUGGCACAGGGACAGCCUCCUGUCAGCGGGGGCACCACCCCAUCCGCAGCGCAGACCCAGAGAGACGGCAAGCUGCUGGAAGUCAUCGAGCGUAAACGCUGCCUGUGCAAAGAGAUCAAGGCCCAUAGGCGCCCUGACAAAAGCCUGUGCAAGCAGGACAGCAUGCCCAUCCUCCCUAGCUGGAGACGGACUCCUGAACCUCGUAAGACUGGCACGCCACCCUGCCAGAGGCCGCAGGCUGUCGUGUGGGACACGGCUAUCUGAGGUGGAAAGACAGGCCAGCAAGUACAGUACUGAAGAGAGACUAAACCCACAGAGGAGUUGGAGAUGGUUGGACAGUUAAUAUGAGAUGGGAGUAAACAUGGGUUUAGUAGAGAGAAAUUUGCUCUUUUUGUGUGAUAAACUGAUCUGAGAACAAUAAAGAAGGUUAUUGGAGACUUUGAACUUGUUUGUGGAAAAAACAAAAAACAGGUUGAUAAAAGAGGUGAAGAAGAAAAAGUGUUACAAUCAGACUAAAUUAAUCUCUUACCCGGGUGAUUUGUACUUGCUCUGUACUAUGUCCUUUUUGAUGUGUUCUAAUUGCCAAUGAUUUUUUGCCACAAAACGCCAGUAAUAUUGCUACAAAAUGAAAACACCAACUUAACAAUAAUGGGUGGGAUGUUUUCUGAUAUUGGUGUUGCCAAACUUCCUCCUGACUACUUGAGACAUAAAGGAAUCAUGUAUUUUCUCCAACACUCAGUUGUCCAACAAGCCUAGAAACUACUCUGUGGAUGAGAAAAGGCAAGACUCAUUGAUAAGUUAUUGAAGUGUUUCUCGAAAUCGUGAAUGCAUACGAGAUGUCUUGGUAUCAAUAGAUUGUCAUUGUGGAUGCAAAUAAUCAUCACUGGGGAGUAAAAGCUACCUACUGUAUCUGUUUGCAUAUUUGUAAUGUAAAUCUAUUUACUUUCUCAACGUUUCUGCAAUUUUAUAGCAAUAUGCUCACAAUGCUGGAGCAACAUAAUUAAAACUUGUGUCAACUAGCCUAACAUACAUAUCUAAGACUUAAAUAAGUCAUAUUUACUGUGUCAUUCUCUGCAUGUCACGAUAGACAUACAGUAUUGUAAAAGAAUAUGUGUAGAGAUGAUCAUGUCCGACUUUUACAUACAGCAGAUCUUCACUAUGAUAACAUGUGGUUGUAUAAAAAGAUGAAUAUAUUGCCUGGGGGUAUUGUGAGAAACGGCGGUGUGACAGUCCAGCCAAAUAUCGGUACAGAUCAAUGGUACAAAAAACUUCAUCACUCAUGCUUAUUCACAGUUGCACAUUAGUGAUUGUUCCACCACACAGAAAAACAAGCACUGACACCCAUCAUCACAGACUGUACAAUAUGGUGCAACUGACAAGACUGUGAGUAUUGAUCACCUCAAACAGAAUGCUGGAACAAUCUGCACAAAACAUGGUAUACGCUUAGGAGAAAUUAAACCCUAAUGUACUGUAAAUAGAUAUGUACAACUGUAUUGAAAAUGUAGCAAUUAUUUCCAUUUUCAUACUUGUAAUCAAUACAUAUUAUGUAGCAUAUACUGUAUAAACAUAA